AGUAGAAAAAAUAUCACCACUUUGGAGACGUGUCCUCCCUUUCUCUCUCCUCCCUUUCUCUCUCUUCUUUUACUCCUGUCAUUCCCUUGGUUUUAUAUAACCCUAAAACCCUAGCUUCAUUACUUUUCCUCUCUCCUCUAUCGUAGGGUACCAGUUCCAAUCCCCUCUCUCUCUCUCUCUCUUUCUCUCUCUGGCUUCCCUACAUAGACAGGACUCGCAUUGGUGGAUUAGGGUUAGAGUUUCGGCAUCGAUCCUUUCAAACUUUGCUGGUUUAGGGUUGGGUUUCACCGGCUCGUGCCCCUCGCUCUUUCAAGGGUUUCGAUACAGAGGUGGUUCUAUUCUUCUUCUCUGGUUCCAAGGUCUCGAGGGUUUCGACAGCCAUUUUUGUAGGUUUAGGGUUUCAUUUCGAAGAUGAUGCAGCAACCUGGACAAGGAGUUGUUCCCCCUUCGAUGGCUCCCCCUCCCAUGGAUCCACAGCAGCAACAACCACCACCUCAACAACAACCAUGGAUGAUGAUGCCUCCGCAACCGCACCCUCAACAACCUUUGCCACAACCUGUGAAUCCACAAGCUUCUCACAUGUGGAACCAGCAACCGCAACCUCAGCCUCAGGUUCAACCUCAGGCUCAAGCUCAGCCUAUGCAGGUGCAGUAUUCCAUGCAGCCGGCAAGUGCUGAUGAGGUUCGAACCCUAUGGAUUGGAGAUUUGCAGUAUUGGAUGGAUGAGGCUUAUAUUCACAGCUGCUUUGCUCAUACUGGAGAGGUUCUUUCUGUGAAAAUCAUUCGUAAUAAGCAGACUGGUCAACCUGAAGGUUAUGGCUUCAUUGAGUUCGCCAGUCGUGCAACAGCUGAAAGGAUUAUUCAGACUGUCAAUGGCACAACUAUGCCUAAUACCGAGCAGUCGUUUAGGCUGAAUUGGGCAACAUUUGGUGGUGGAGAUAAACGGUCUGAGGGUACUGACUUCCCUGUUUUUGUUGGAGAUUUGGCUUCUGAUGUCACUGAUUACCUGCUACAAGAGACCUUCCGUAGCCACUAUUCAUCUGUCAAGGGUGCAAAGGUUGUAACGGAUAGACUUACUGGACGUUCUAAAGGCUACGGUUUUGUUAGAUUUGGGGAUGAAAAUGAGCAGUUGCGUGCAAUGACCGAAAUGAAUGGUGUGUUUUGUUCCACGAGGCCAAUGCGAAUUGGGCCGGCUACUACCAAGAAAACUGUGGGUGUUCAGCAACAAUACCCUGCAAAAGCUCCUUAUCAAAGCAAUCCUCAAGCAAGCCAGUCCGAGAGUGAUCCCAACAACACAACUAUUUUUGUUGGGGGUUUGGACCCAAAUGUCAACGAUGACAUUCUCAAACAAGUUUUUGGUCAGUAUGGAGAAUUAAUUCAUGUAAAGAUCCCUGUGGGCAAGCGCUGCGGGUUUGUGCAAUUUGCGAACAGAGCAUGUGCGGAAGAGGCUUUGCUGAUGCUCAAUGGAACUCAAUUGGGGCAGCAAUCAAUUAGGCUCUCAUGGGGACGCAGCCCUUCAAACAAGCAGGAUUCAUCUGGUUCAUGGCCUCAGCCUCAAGCAGAUCCCAACCAGUGGAAUGGUGGUGCCUAUUAUGGCUAUAAUCAGGGUUAUGAGACUUACGGUUAUGCUCCUCCCCCUCAAGAUCCUGCUAUGUAUGCUUAUGGAGGAUAUCCAGGAUAUGGAAACUACCAGCAGCAGCAGUGAGCUCAACCAAGGUGGUUUAGAGAGUUCUGAGCGGCACAGGGGAAAGGUUACAUUGGUGUGGACGUUUCGGGGCCCCUUCUACAUGAAAUCAUGAGGUUGUGUGAAUCAGAAGAGGGGUGUUUUUUCUUGUAAGUUGCGUCUUUAUGUUAUAGACGAAGGGCUUGUUUGCCACAUAAUCUAGUACUCACUCGAACCUUGAAUGAUAACAUAAAUCGUUUGUGCGUUUGUUUUUUCCUGAUGUUAUAUCCAACUCUUUAACAUCAAAAUAUCAUUUGCUAGUUGUUUGUUUCCCGAUCAA